GGAAAAACAGCAGUAGCUGUUGGUAGUACAAUUGCAGUAUUAUCAUUUAUAGCUGCUUACUUGGCAUUUCCAGCUUAUGGGGUAAAAGUUGCAGCACUGACAGCAUCUGCUAUUGCUGCUAUAAGUGUUGGUUUUGCUUCGGCGUUUACGUUUGCAGCAACUAAUCCAAUAGCGUUUGGUUUAUUAGCAAUUGCAGCAGUGGCAGCAAUUGGUGUGCUUGCAGUAAAGAGUUACAAUCAAGCAAGUCAACUUAGUGAAGUGCGCGAGUUCACACUCAAUGCAUUCCAAAAGAAAGAUGGUGAUUUUGCCUUAGGUAAUGAUAAUAAGCCUUUACUUAAAGAUGAUGCAAUGAAAACAGCAUUAACUAACAUAGCAGAAGUAAUUGGAGUGAUGCCAAAAGGUCCGGCGAAAGUUUGA